GCCGCCGCGCCCAGGGCACCCCAGGAGGCCCGGUCCCCGCCACGGAAAGCCGGGACUCAGGUUCAGGCCCCGCAGUGAAAAGUUAAGUCCUUCCCAACUCCCCCUCUUCCCGUGCUGCGAAAUCUCCUUCCCCGGAAUGGCAGACCAGAUCUUGGGGACGGUCGCAUCUGCAGUAAACUAGCCGGGACACCUAGUCUCUUGAACCAGCACUUCACGCCGGGCCUACUACUGCCGAGCACAGUUCUGAGUCUGUUACAAACAUUAACUUAUUUAAUCAUCACAAUAUUUUUGGUCCUAUGGACAUCCCCUUUGCACAGAUGAGGAAACUGAGGCACAGAGAGGGGAAGCUACUGGCUCAAGGUCAUCAUUUGAACCCAGGUGGACUAGCUCCAAUGUCUGGGUGCUUUAUCACCCCUCUGUGCUGUGAGGCCCCGUGAGAGGCAUUAAUACUCAAAAUGAGAAAUAUACAGAUUAAGAAAGCACACUAGUGGCUGGCCCGCAGGCCACCGGUUUGAAACCCGGGCCCCAGCCUGAGGAUCUUACCUCCAGGUCCUUGUUUGGAUUCUCAGAGAGUCAGGGGACCUCCCACUGGUCGUAGGAGCAUGUAUUAAGCAUCCAGUAUGCCCUAGUACUUUAUUUUUAUUGUCCUUCACACUCCGCACAAUCUUAUGGGACUUUUGCUGUCCCAACUCACAGAUGAGGAAACUAAGGCACAGAGACCAUGACCACUUGCCCAACCCCAACCUCACACAUAGCCAGCAGGUGGCAGAACUGGGAAUUCUAACUCAGGCCUCAGAGACUCAGAACCCAGGCUCUGUAGUGAGAUCUGCAUGCAGGCUUGUGGGGACAGGUCACAGCCCUGGGAACUCUGGCUGAUUUGUCUUGGCCAAUUGUUUUCAGUCUGGGGCGAUUUUUGCCCCCUUUAGGGAAUAUUUGGCAAUGUCUAGAGGUAUUUUCGGUUGUCACAAAGGGAAGGGGUGCUACUAGCAUCCCACAGUGCCCAAGACAGCCCCCCGACAACAAAGAGUCAUUCAGCCCAAAAUGUCAAUAGAGCUAAGGCUGAGACACCCUGGUCUAAGCUAAGCCCAACUGUCCCCCUCCCCCAAUUUUCUGGCUCUUUGGGACUCCCUCCACUUCCCUGAUCCCUUGAUCCCUGGAGACCUGCUAGGGUAGGGAAGAUGCCUGCUCUCUCCCUGUUCCCCAAGGGUAUUAGGGGGGGUCUUAGAAAGGCAGUCCUUGACCCAGCCACAAACUUUUUUUUCUUUGCCCACACAGUUUGACAUUUUGAAUUUGGAUGCCUCUACAAGGAACUCACUUUUUCCACUUAGCCACAAUCCCCACCGCUCCCUGUUGUCUCACACUGGACUCAUCUCUCUCAUUUAUUUAAUGAUGGCUCUUGAAUUUGAGACCUUAGUGGGGUGUGAUAGGAUGCCAGAAUUCGGGACAGGGUCUGAACUAGAUAAUCGGGAGGAUCUUGACUGGUGACAUGCUUAAGGCCUAGGAGACACUUGGGCCUCUCCCACUCUCUCCCACCUCCAGCCAUCAAGCCAGAUUCUCGCUGUCCUUCAUACUCAUUUUCUUCUCAGAAGAACACUCUAGAACAUCUGGCCUCCUGGUAUCUAGUCCUGCCUUGGGCAGCCUGAGGGCACUGAUUGGCCCCAGGGAGCGCCAUGGCCCGCGCACGCCAGGAGGGCAGCUCCCCGGAGCCCGUAGAGGGCCUGGCCCGCGACGGCCCGCGCCCCUUCCCGCUCGGCCGCCUGGUGCCCUCGGCUGUGUCCUGCGGCCUCUGCGAGCCCGGCCUGCCCGCUGCCCCCGCCGCCCCCGCCCUGCUCCCCGCCGCCUACCUCUGCGCCCCCACCGCCCCGCCCGCCGUCACCGCCGCCCUGGGGGGCCCCCGCUGGCCUGGGGGUCCCCGCAGCCGGCCCCGAGGCCCGCGCCCGGACGGUCCUCAGCCCUCGCUCUCGCUGGCAGAGCAGCACCUGGAGUCGCCCGUCCCCAGCGCCCCGGGGGCCCUGGCGGGCGGUCCCACCCAGGCGGCCCCGGGAGUGCGUGGGGAGGAGGAGCAGUGGGCCCGGGAGAUCGGGGCCCAGCUGCGGCGGAUGGCGGACGACCUCAACGCGCAGUACGAGCGGCGGAGACAAGAGGAGCAGCAGAGACACCGCCCCUCGCCCUGGAGGGUCCUGUACAAUCUCAUCAUGGGACUCCUGCCCCUACCCAGGGGCCACAGAGCCCCUGAGAUGGAGCCCAAUUAGGUGCCUGCACCCGCCCGGUGGACGUCGGAGACUUGGGGGGCAGGACCCUCUCACCUCCUGACACCCUGGCCAGCACGGGGGACUCUUUCUGCACCAUGUAGCAUACUGGACUACCAGCCCUGCCCGUCCCAGGGUCGGGGCUGAGACAGCCACUCCAGCCCCGGCCGCCUGGGGUGCACUGAUGGAGAUGUGGACUCCUGGGUCCCCUGGCAAGAGGCCAGGGGGGAGGGCUGACGGAUUGAGCAUCUGAAGGCGGCGGUGACCGAGGGGGUGGGGACUGAGCCGCCCGCCUCUGCCGCCCACCACCAUCUCAGGAAAGGCUGCUGGUGCUGGCUGCCCGUUCCAGCUGCAGGGGUGACACUGCGGGGGUCUCCUCCCAGUGCUCCUUCACUUUGGGCCUGGCCGCAGGCCCCUGGUGCUUUGCCCCCUCCUCCAGGGGAGGGGGCCCGUGAAGAGCAAAUGAGCCAAACCUGACCACUAGCCUCCUGGAGACAGAGAAUGGGGGGCUCCGCUGGCCGCCCAGCCAUGUUCCCCGAGCCAGCGGCGGGUGGGGGCGUGCCUGCCUCACCUUCAUGGGGGGUGGCCAGGAGGGGCCCAGACUGUGAAUCCUGUGCUCUGCCCGUGACCACCCCCGCCCCAUCAGUCCCAUUGCAUAGGUUUAGAGAGAGCACGUGUGACCACUGGCAUUCAUUUGGGGGGUGGGAGAUUUGGGCUGAAGCCGCCCCAGCCUUAGCCCCCAGGGCGAAGCGCUGGGGGGAAGACCGGGAGUCAGGGAGGGGGGAUCUCAGAAGAGGGAGGAGUCUGGGAGCGGGGAGGGAUGGCCCAGCCUGUAAAAUACUGUAUAUGCGCUGCUGUAGAUACCGGAAUGAAUUUUCUGUACAUGUUUGGUUAAUUUUUUUUGUACAUGAUUUUUGUAUGUUUCCUUUUCAAUAAAAUCAGAUUGGAACAGUG